AUGGCCAUCGCUGGUUGUUUGCCAACCAUUUCCACCGACGGCCCUGUCGCCUGUGAAACACAGGUCAGCGAUGUCCAUCCAUGGCCAUGCGAUUUCAACGUCUUGGGCGUCGUCUUGACGGUUUCAUCGCUUUGGUGCUCGGCGCUUCUCGUGCUAGAAAGUGGACAGCCAACCGCUGAAAAGCCACCGCUGAGCACUGGUAUCACAACUCUAGCAAGGGUCAAUCGAAACAAAUCUGUCGGAACCGAGAUCACGGUGCAGAGAGUGAUAUUUAACAAAAACAGUCAAGCCUACUCCCGGUCGUCCGAAAAUUCUAACGUUUCCGAUCCAUUCCCUUCGUCCCGCGAACAGCAGCAUUGCGUAUUUGCGUCUCUGGGCAACUGGGCGACGGCGCAAGCCUCCAACCAGUCACGGACUCAUGGCUGCUCCGCGAAACUCUCUUCUCUGUCAAUCGACGACGAUGACGGGAUGGCCUCCCAAUGGGAUACGCUGAGCUACGCCUCGACGUCGUCACAAGCAACAGAGUUGAACACAAUCUUGUUGAUAUCAAUUGAUACACCCGCAACCAUGGCCAUCAUUUCCAUCAACGGGAAUGAGCUUAACCCCGAAGAUCAAGCCCCUGUUUUGAGGGCCCUCCACUUGGAGUCGGAAGACGCAUCCAAAUCCGAUUACAUCCUGGUCCAAACCACCGCACCUCUCUCCGAUGAGCAAGAGAAUCAACUUGAGCAACUUGGUGUCGUGAUCCAUGAAUAUGUGUCACAAAACACCUACUUGUGUGGUUACAAGGACAGUGACCUGGCGCAAAUCCGAGCGCUGGAUUUUGUUGCGUGGGCAAACGUCUACUUGGAUACCUUUGUGAUCCAGCCUACCUUGAAAUCUGCUACGCCCACAGCCCAAUCCAUGUCGAUUUUUCCGACGGUGCGCCCAACCAGCAAGGUCCGAGAAGUUGAUGUCAUCUUCCACCAUGAUGUCGAUACCCAGUCCGAGUCUCUGAAAACUGCUAUCGCGACUGCCGCCCGCGUGGAUCCCGAUGGCCUUGAUAUCAGCUCUUCUAAAGUUCGACUUGCGGUCCAGGAACAAUACCUCGAGGAUCUGGCUGCUCUUGACCACGUGCGGCUCAUCCAGAGGGCCUAUCCGGCAAAAUUGUUCAAUAACAUAGCCGUGAAGCUCAUAGACGGUGAGGUUGAACUCAACGGGACCGCCUAUGAAGGUGAAGGCCAGGUAGUCGCCGUUGGAGAUACCGGAUUAGAUAAAGGGAGCAUGCAAGAUGUGCACCACGCCUUCAAGGGACGCGUCAAGAAGCUAUACCCUCUUGGAAGGGCAUCGUUGGGUAAAGCGGAUGACCCAGACGGCCACGGCACACACGUGUGUGGAUCAGUCCUUGGGGAUGGGGAGUCUCAAACAAUGGGAGGACGAAUUCGGGGUGUUGCUGUCAAGUCUUCUCUCGUCGUGCAGUCACUUCUCGACAGCCGUGGAGGGUUGGGCGGCAUUCCAGACGACCUAACCAACCUCUUCCUUCAGCCAUACAAGGAGGACGAUGCAAAGAUCCACACCAACUCUUGGGGAUCAAACUCAUCCGGGCAAUUACCGUACGAUGCGAGCAGCUCGGAAAUAGACAAGUUUGUUUGGGAACACCCUGACGCGGUGAUCCUAUUUGCUGCCGGAAAUGACGGUGCAGACGUCAAUCGUGACGGGGUCAUCGAUGAAAAGCAGAUUGGCUCCCAGGCAGCGGCCAAAAAUUGCAUCACCGUCGGUGCGAGUGAGAAUAAUCGCCCGAACCUCCCCGUCAAAUACGGUAGACGAUGGCCAGCACCUCCUUUCGGCACUGACUUGAUGGCCAAUAAUCCCGAGGGCAUGGCUGCAUUUAGUAGUCGAGGUCCCACAAAGGAGGGCCGGAUCAAGCCUGAUGUCGUUGCACCAGGAACAGGCAUUCUCUCCGCUCGCUCCCGGAACCUUUUGAACCCGAGUGAGCCAUAUGGACGCAGCGACGACCCGAAUUACUGGUUCCUCGCUGGCACCAGCAUGGCCACACCUCUCGUAGCCGGUGCCGUCGCGGUCUUGCGCGAAAGCGUGAUAAAGAACGGGACAUCAAAUCCAAGUGCCGCGCUCAUCAAAGCUUUGCUUAUCAAUGGCACUGUCAAACUCGCGGGCCAAUACGUCCCGUCCGAAGCUGGCCCAUCGCCUAAUCCCAGUUCUGGAUUUGGUCUCGUGAACGUCAAAAAUUCAAUCAUCCUAAAGGACGACAAAUACGCAAAGUACUAUGAAAAAUCCAUCAAUAGGCGACAAGGGCUCGACGAAGAUGACUCCAUUACCGUCGAUAUCCCUGAGGCAGGGGCCGAAGCAUCAACAGGCGUCAAAAACAUGCUGAAAGUGACCCUUGUGUGGUCCGAUCCACCUGGUGAGACCUUGCAGAACGAUUUGGACCUCAUCGUCGUUGCAUCGAAUGGCAAAGAGCGCCAUGGAAACAUGGGUGAGAAGCCGGGAUUUGAUAGGGCAAACAACGUCGAGCAGGUUGUUUGGACAAAUAUUCCGGCUGGCAAGGUGGAAAUCCGCGUUCGGGCCCAUCGUCUUGCCACGAAGACUCGCGCCCAGCCUUAUGCGCUUGUUUGGAGCUUCAACAGGUUCAAUUCAUUUGUACGAGAAAAUAUGAAAAACGCAAAAAGGAAGGGUCAGAUAGGAUCCGGUCUCCUACGUAUUGUUUAUGUUUAUGAGUAG